GAUGGCAUUGAACCCAUGUGGGAGGAUGAGAGAAAUAAGCGGGGUGGCCGCUGGCUAAUCACCCUUUCCAAACAGCAACGCAGAGCCGACUUGGACCGCUUCUGGUUGGAGACACUUUUGUGCCUUGUGGGAGAAGCAUUCGAUGACCAUAGCGAUGAUGUGUGUGUUGCUGUCAUCAAUGUGCAAACAAAGGGAGACGAAAUAGCGAUAUGGACGACAGACCAUGAGAACAAAGAUGCUGUUGUACACAUAGGGCAUGUGUACAAGAAAAGAUUAGGUGUGCCACAAAAGGUCAUCAUUGAAUACCAGUCACAUGCGGACACGGCCACCAAAAGUGGUUCCACCACUAAGAAUAAGUUUGUUGUUUAAGGAGCCCUCAAAAGCACAGUGGGUCUCUCUCCGUU